AUGGCGCUCUGUGCCAAUCUCGACCGGGUGGCACUGCAGGCGAAGCUGCCGGAGUUCGACGACCAGGGGCUGGUCGACCGGCUGGGGUGCCGGAACCCCGGGACUAUCCAGAUCCCCGGGGUGGACGAGGCGGUCGGCGAGAGGGCCGAAAGCGGCCCAGCGCGAACCGGCGGCGCGGGCACUGUGGGCGGCGGGACGCCUACGGGCGCCGACGAGAGCCAGCGGUGGCUGGAGACACUGAGGUCGAAGCCAGCCCUCGAGCCAAGCGCGCCCGAGCCGAGUGCACCGGCGGAGCCAGGGCCAUCGAUCACAGCGGCGGAACUAGGGCCACCUAGCGCAGUGGUGGAGCCGGGGCCGGCAGACGCGGCGGCGGAGCCGGUGAGUGCGGUGGCGGAGCCGAGGCCGGUGAAUGUGGCUGCCGAGACAAAAACACAGCCGCCGCCCUGCUCCGAGCCGACAACAGCGGCCGCGCCCGAGCGUCCGGCGCCGGCCGAGUCCGCCCCGAGCGUGCCGAGCACGGGGCGGAUGACCGCGGGGUAG